AUGCGUAUAUUAUAUUUUUCUAUUUAGGGUUUUGAGGGCAUGAAAGCAUAUUUUGGCUCAUAUGAUGGCCAGAUAAGAUUAUUUCGACCCAUGGAGAAUGUGAAGAGGUUACAAAGAACAGCAGAAAGACUGUGUCUACCUAGCUUUGAUGGCGAGGAAUUUAUCAAAUGCAUGGUCGAGUUGGUAAAACUCGAUAAAGACUGGGCUCCAAAAGAAGAAAACUGUUCCAUGUACAUAAGACCAACAUUUAUUGGAACUGGGCCAACACUUGGUGUUAACAACCAAAAGAAGUUGCUAUACUGCAUUUUAUCUCCUGUUGGUCCAUAUUUUAAAACAGGCUCGUUUAAUCCAGUCACUUUAAUGGCCGAUGCGACAUACGUUCGUUCUUGGCAUGGUGGCUGUGGAGACUGCAAAAUGGGAGGAAAUUAUGCUCCGUCGUUAUACGUCCAAGACAAAGCACAUAAGAAAAAAUGUGAGCAGGUUCUCUGGCUUUAUGGUGAAGAUGAACAAAUAACUGAAGUUGGCACCAUGAAUAUAUUUCUUUUAUUGAAAAUGAAUGAAGAUGAACUGAUCUCUCCUCCUUUGGACGGUCUAAUAUUACCUGGAGUGACACGAAAGUCGAUGAUUGAACUGGCGCACAAGUGGGGUGAAUUUAAAGUAUCGGAAAGGCUAUUUACGAUGAAAGAAUUGAAGAAAUGUCUCAAGGAGAAUAGAGUGAAAGAAAUAUUUGGCGCUGGUACGGCUUGCGUCGUAUGUCCUGUCAAAGAUAUACUUUAUAAAGAUGAGAUGCUUCAUAUACCAACAAUGGAAAAUGGUCCAAAGAUCGCCAGACGGUUUUACAAGGAACUUACUGAUAUUCAGUAUGGAAAAGUUUCCAGUCCAUGGGCAAAUGUUGUAAAUGAUUCAUCUGAUGAAACGAAAAUUUACAAGCUAUGAGUCUAAAUUAGUUGUUGUUUCUAGUUCAUAGAAACCUUUUUCGUCAUAUGGACACUAAGAAGCUAAAUAUAACCAUUUGUAGAAAACCUCAAUAAUAAAUAUUUGAUUGACAGAAAGAAUUUAUGCUCGUUACCUUUAUUUGCUGAAAUAAAUUUUUCCUAAAAUAA